AUCAAAAUGGCUGCGACCAAUUUGGAACGAAUGACACACCUACUUCCUUUGUAAAAAAAUCAAUACACUCGAAUUCUACGCAGCAAAAGUCUUCGAAAUUCUAUAUUAUUUGUAGGACUAAUACCUUGUGAUAUCCAUCACCAUGACUAUCGUCUUCAGUUGUAUUGCCCGAGGACCAACGAUUUUGUGUAGCCAUUCCAGUUCCUAUGGAAACUACGAUGAGGUGGCAAGGUCCAUGCUGCCCAACAUUCCUACCAGGAAUGAUCACCGAAAAAGUUAUUCCUCAAAUGAUAUUAUGUUCCAUGUUAGUGUUGUUAAUGGAAUCAUUUAUAUGUGUGCUGCUGAGCAAGAUUUUGGAAAAAGAAUGCCAUAUGGCUUUUUAGAUGAGAUUCAUAAGCGGUUCUCCAAUGGGAGUUUAGUAAUUCGAGCCAAUACUGCAGUGGAGAAUGAGCUGAACAGAGACUUCGAGCAGGUGCUCUCAACACAGAUGCAACGGUUUUCUCGGGGAGAUGACUCGAUGAAUGCACUGCAGUCUCAAGUGGAUGAGGUGAAAGGCAUCAUGACACAGAAUAUUGAGAAGGUGUUACAGAGAGGUGAAGGGUUGGAUGACCUCAUGGGCAAGACAGAAGACCUGGAGGCCAGCUCGACGAGAUUUGCCACAACGGCGAAAAAGGUUCGUCGCAAGAUGUGGUGGAAGAAUAUGAAGAUGAAGCUAUGUAUUGGUGGAACUGUCUUGAUCGUGAUCAUCAUCAUUGUUAUUGUCAUCCUCUUCUCAACAGGAGUCUUACCACCUAAAGGGGGAGGCACCAGUGGCAAUACCACAAUGCCAGCGAUUACUGCAAAACGUUAGGACUUUGUAAAGCCAUAUUGUCGUCAGUUAUUGUAAAAUUUUGAAUUAAUGCUCUCAAUUUGCCAGUAUGAGGUACACUUACGUUUCGAUAACAUGGAUCUCCUUGACCUUCCCUCAAUUAAUAUUGAAAUUUCUCCUUUUUGUCAUAUAUGAAACUGAUAGUGUAUUCAUAGAAACACAAUGUUCUUUGGUGUCCUUAUUUCUUCUGUUCAUGUCAAACAAAUUCAUAACAGUAUUCAUGUGGGUAUCUGCCCGAGACCAUAAGAAACUUAAUUUAUUAUUCAUGUCAUUGAAACAUUGGAUCUUGCACUAAAAUCUUCAUGCUUGUUUCUAAACUUGGUCAUUUUAGAAAGGCAACGAGUUCUCCUCCUUCCAUUUGUAACCUCGUAGCAGGUUUUACCUUUCCAAACAAAAAGUUUAAAGGUCACUGGUUGUAUCUGUUCUAAACUGUGAAUUCUCAGAAGGGACAGCUUGUUUAUCUUAAGGUUAUAUUAAACUGGUGCAUUUGUUUGUUAUAUCCAUUUAUGUGCUUCAGAUUCAAAAUAUCCCACCUUAGCCUAGACUGUCUCUCUUGAAAUAUCAAGGGAGUGGGAGUAGACUUUGAUAUUCUGAAUAGAAAGCUUUCUCGACGAACGUGAAAGUUUGAAGGAUGUGCGGAUGUGCAACUUAGUGGCACCACUGUGUAAUGUGUUAAUUGCAGACUGGUGCUUUAGAUUAUGAAAGUUUUUAUUUAAAAUUGUAUCUAAUCAUGAUUUAAGUUGUUUGGAAACGUAAACCCUUUUUCAUUGUCUGUGUGAUGUCCGAUUCGAUUGUUUAGGUACAUGCCUACAUGUACCUGGUAAAAACAUGAAAUAUUGUGCCACCAAUCUAUGAUGUAUAUAAACUAGUUGUAUAGAUGGGGUAAUUGCUCAGAUUGGCAGAUCCAUCGACAUUGAAAAACCUAAAUUUAAAGGAACAACAGACUGUAAACCAUGAAAUUAGUGUUUGGUUUUCGUGAUGUGAAGGUAAUGUGUAACAUGUGAACUUUUAACUGGAAUGUUUCAAUUAUUCAGUUAAUGCAAAUUUUGUCUAUUUCUGCCAAUUCGAAAUGAGCAUAUUCGCCUUCAAUUAGUGCCGCAUUCAUAUAGAAAGGUACUCCAAAUCCUUAUUUGACUUUUCUGGAUGAAGAUAAAUGAAUACCAGUAUCACUAUUAGACACUGUGGUCAAUUACCUGCAUGUGUCUGCCUUUUGAGCAAUGUCUGCAUUAUUGUAAAAAUGUAAAUUAAAUAUACAUUGUAAAUAAGAGAGCUAUCCAACUUGGUGCUUGAUUGAUUGUGUGAUGAUGAACUGAAUUUCUCUGUGGUUGUUUCCAUCUCUUAAAGGACUCCUUCCACUGCAGCGGUGACCUUGGGAAACUACAAGUAUAGACUGCGUAUUAGUUUCGAUCUAAGUUCAUUUGACUGACCACAAGGCCUGGAAAAACAAAAUGGAAAAUUUGAUGAAAAACCUAGAGACAGCACUGUGAUUGUUGUGGAAACAUGUCUUUAACUUAUCUAAUUCCCUUAUACUGUUGGUUGUAGAUAAAUAAAUCAUGAAAAAGGGCA